AUGGCUUUUCGCGACAGGGUGUACCUUGUGCGAGCCACCGAAGGCUUCCAAUUGAUGAUCCCGUCGAGUUACGUGGCGGAACUAAAGAAGUAUCCAGAAGACGUUCUGAGUGCGAGAGACGCAAUCGCCGACGCGCUGCAAAGCAAAUGGACAAAGUUCUGGCCUGGCCACAACGUUGACCUUUUGACAUUUGUUGUGCGGACGCGGUUGACGCAGAACCUAGUCAAGCUGGCUCCCGUCCUGAAGAAGGAGCUAGACGACAUCAUCGCCACUGACUUUCCUGCCUGCGACGACUGGACUCCUGUGAAAUGGCAUCCGUUCGCGCUCCGAACCAUCAGCCGACUCAGCGCCAGAGCUUUCGUCGGCCCUGAACUAUGUCGCGACAAACGCUGGCUAGACACAACCGUGAAUUUUGCUGUGCACGUCUUCAUGGCCGGUGCCAAGCUGCAAUUCUUCCCCGAAUGGAUGCGACCCCUGGCGCAGUACCUCGUGUCGGACAUAGGCAAGAUUCAUCGCGACAUACAGAAUGCCAAGGAUAUGAUUAGGCCGAUCCUCGAACAGCGCGUGCGCGACCAGGACUCGACGGCAUGCGAGGGCCCUCCAAAUGAUGUGCUGCAGUGGUUCAUGGAAGGCAUGGCCGAGGGCGAAAAAGCCGACUUGGCGGCGCAUGUUGAGCUCCAGCUCGUCAUUGCUGCGGCCUCCAUCCAUACGACAAACGGCGUCGUCUGCGAGUGCAUGUACGAUCUGGCCGCAGAUGUGGCCCUUCAGGAGGAGCUGCGCGAGGAGGCUCGACAGGUUCUCGAGGAGGGCGACGGAUGGCGUCACAAGGAGAGCAUGGCGAUGUUGAAGAAGUUGGACAGCUUCAUGAGAGAGGUCCACAGGCUACACGGCAACAUUGUUUCCUUCGCCCGCAAGGUUAGGAAGCCCAUAGCCCUCUCCGACGGCACCGAGCUGCCCGUGGGCACGCGCGUCAUCACCCCUGCGGCCGGCAUCGCCAGCGACGAGCGCUUCUUCCCCAACCCGGACAUACUCGACGCCAUGCGCUUCUACCGCCUGCGCCAAGAAUCGGACGAGGCAAACAACCGGCUGCAGUUCACCUGCCUCGGAGAUACGUACGUCAACUUCGGCGCCGGCAAGCACGCCUGCCCGGGGCGGUUCUUCGCCGGUAACGAGAUCAAGCUCAUCCUCGCGCGCUUCCUCCUCGCCUACGACAUAAGGCUUCGGCCAGGAGAAAAGCGGCCGAGAUCGUUUUGCGUGGUCAUGACAAAGACGCCAAACCCAAACGUCGUGCUCGAGUUUAGGAGGCGAAGGCUCUGA